AUGUACUCGUCAGCAUUUAUCAGUAAGACGUGUCUGGCGUUUCUACUCCUGCUGUACUUCGUCGGAAUGGAUUUGUUACUUUACUUCCGAGUGCAGGACUACGAUGUACGUCCAUCCGUGAAUGACACGCGAGCUUCAUCGUAUCAUUCGCCGAUCUUGUGCGAUCUAAAUCCGAUUUGCACGGUGACGGUGAAGGCCAUGACGUUGGAUCAUCCUAAUCAUUAUAUUCUGAGCCCCCUGGCAUCUCUAGUGGAUUAUUUACUAGGCAUUAGUCGUUCCUGGAUGUGGCUGACGCCAAACGCUAUCAGCGUUUCUCACGUAGCGGUGGCUGUAAUCGGAGCCCGUUACAUCACGCGAAGUUCUCUCUUUUACAGACGAUUAGGUGUCAUCCUAUUUCAAGUUAGAGCCUGGUUGGAUGAUCUGGACGGCCAUGUGGCGAGGACGAGGCUUAACGUCAAGGGUGAGAGAUCGGACGUCGGCUCUAUCGGUUAUCUCGUGGAUGGCCUCUGCGACGGUCUCGGCUGCAUCGCUCUCGCCGUCGCGGUAUUUUUUUUCCUGAGGCGCAAUUCUAAUCACCGCGCCGGUUACGAGUUACUACCCAUCCGGACGUUAUCGUCAUCGUCAUUGUCGUCCCACAAUUCCGUUUCGUCCAUCUCGUUCUGGAAAUCACCUCUGUACAACAUGCUGAUGGUUGGUCUCCACUUUUCCCUGACAAGCAUCGCUUGGAACCGAUAUAUAUCCGUGUACCAGGAUCUUCUAGAGACUGACAUCUCUUCGACGAUCAGCCGAGAGGAUCUUUAUGAUAGGCAAACUGUCGUGUUCAGAAGUUCCUCUUUCUGGGCUAUCGCCCUCGCAUGGAAGAUCUUCAAUUUCCACGCAAUGAUGGACUAUUUUCUUCUGGCAAUAUUUCUGGAUCGCAUUUGGGAAUACGUUAGACUCGCGUGGUGGCAGCUACCUACAGUGUUGUUUCUGCUUAUCCUUAUCAGCGAACUACACUAUACGUACACUUAUGUGGAAAUAUUGUCAGUAAAUGAGAGCUUGCGAUCCUCCUUAUAUGCAUUUCCUAAUGCAUAA